AUGAAUAGGCUCCUGCAUUAUAAAAGCUUGAUACGAUUCCCCAGACUCACAUCCAAACCAUAUUCAUCAGCACCAUCAUCGUCAUCACCAUUAUCGCCCAUCAAGAUGCCAGUCAAGCCCAAGGUGUUAAGAGUAGGUAAAAUCGAAUAUGCCCACGAAAUCUGGCAGAAAAUCUCUCUGCUCGUUGAAGUCGUCGAUUGCGAAUCAGCCAACCGUGAAGAGUUCUUGCAAGACUUGGCAGGGAAAUACAAAGACGUCACCAAUAUCGUAAGAACAUUUGCAUCCGUUGCGCAAACAGGAAGAUUCGACGAAGAGUUGGCUUUGCAUAUGCCGGAGACUUUAGUCUCGUUGAGCCACACCGGUGCCGGGUACGACCAAGUCGACGUUGAGCCGUUCACCAAGAGAGGAGUCCAGGUUUCCAACGUCACUGUGCCUGUGGAAGCACCAACUGCCGACACUGCCGUUUGGUUAGCUCUCAGCUGCUUGAGAAACUUCCAACAGGGGCACGAGUUGUUGAUGCAGGGGGAAUGGUUAAAGAAAAAGAGCGCAGGAGCCAAGAUCGGCCACAGUCCCGAGGGGAAAGUCGUUGGUAUCAUGGGCAUGGGAGGAAUUGGUAAAGCCAUCAGAGACAGAUUGAAGCCGUUUGGAUUCGAAAAAAUCGUCUACUAUAACCGAAACCAGUUGCCUGCUGAUCAAGAAGGCGGCGCCGAGUACGUCACCAAGGAGGAGUUGUUCAAACAAGCCGACGUGAUCAUGAUCAGUAUCCCAUUGAACGCCAACACGAGACACUCAAUCAACAAGGAAUCCAUCAGCCAGAUGAAAGAUGGCGUGAUAUUGGUCAACACAGCUAGAGGCGCCGUCAUUGACGAGUCGCAAUUGCCGGAAUUGGUCAAGUCGGGCAAGAUUGGCGCGUUUGGCGCCGAUGUGUUUGAACACGAGCCACAGCUCGCGCAGGAGUUGAUUGAGUUGCCCAACGUGGUGAGCUUGCCGCACAUGGGCACAUACACCUAUGAAGCCACCAAGAAUAUGGAGGAAUGGGCCGCUGAGAACGUGUUGAGCUGCUUGCAAACCGGUAAAGUCAAGAGCAUCGUUUCUGAGCAAAAGAAUAUGCAAAUCGACGCCAAACCCCUUUUACAAAAUUAA